AUUAGAGGGGAUUUCGGUGCGAACUUUCCUUGACCUCGACGCCAAAGAGGCUCGCUAGGGCCGAGAAGUAAACCCGUGCGGGAUGUGGAGGGGCCGGGGGCGCCCGGGUCCCCUGCCCGCGAGACCCGUUCCUUCAGGCGCCCGGCGGCCGUUCUCCAGUUCCCGCAGGGGUCGCCCCGCCGGCUCGGGGACACAAUGGGCCCGUGGGCCGCGCGGACGGGCCUCGGCCCGGCUGCAGCACCGGAGAGAUGUGAGGAGCGCGCGGAAAGGGAGCGCGGCUGGGGAGGUCCCGGCGCGGUCAGACCAGGGGGCCGAGGCUAGGGGGGCCGGGAACUCGGCUUCCCACAGCAGAAGACCCAACAAAGACACCGGGGGAGCCCGUCUGGCUGGGCGCGAGGAGAGGACGCAGUGGCAGGUUCGCUCCUCAGAGCGGCCGGGAGGCGCCAUCAUGGGGGGUGGGGGGGUCGCGGUCCGCCCCGCGCGGAAAGAGCCCCCUCCCCGCCGCCGCCGCCCGCGCCCCCGGCCCCGCAGGACCGCGGGGAGCCCACGCGUGCAGAGACGGCGGUGCUGGAAAGCCCGGGGCGCCAAGGGGAGGGCGGGGACGCAGCAUGAAGGGAAACUUGGGUUCGGGUCUGUUUCGUUUUACCGGGUUGGCGGCGCGCCCAUCCGCGCGGGGGCACGAGUGGCCGGGAGAGUGGGGUACCGCGGCCCCGGUCCGGCCGGCCGGGCGCUGCGCCGCGCUCCGCUCCCAGGGUCCCUCCCCGCGCCUCGGCCCGGGUCGAGCCGCUCGGCCUCUCCUUCCUCCGCCCGCCCGUCAGCCCGCUCUCUCCCGGAGCCUGGAUUGAUCUGGUCGCGCUGGCGUCAGGGAGUCGGAGCCGCCCAGCCUCCACUCCUCGGCUGCCAAUGCCGGGCGCACUCGCCUGCCCGCCCGCCCGCUCACACGCUCACCCGCGCGCCGCCGCCGCUGCCGCGCGACCAGGGAUCCUCUCCAAAUUCCCGGCCCGGCCGGCGUGAGCUCAGCGCGGCCGGGGCUGGAGGACUGCGCGGGGGAGCGGCCCGAGUCACCCCCUUCCACCCCCAGCCCCACGCCCCGUUUAUUCCUGGAGAAAAAACAGCGUGGCGGCGUUCUGGCUUUCCUAACCCUGUCUUCUUUAGUCCCGGUGGAGUGGAUUGGUGCAUUAUCUGCAAGUGAAUUUCGAUGCUCCAUGUGUUUAUUUUCUGAAACGCUCAUUAACUCUUCUGUAAACAUGGAAUGCAUGUUGACAGUUAUCUUUGGAGACUGGCCCUUUGAUGUCUAGUUUUCAUUGUCCGUUACUCACUCUCCAAUAAUUUGCAGGCCCCAGAAGUUGAACGUACCCAGCAGUGGUUAGCUAGUAACUACUGCACGUGCUUAUACAAACCCUGAGUCAACAGAUGGGUUUUGUGUCAACUCAGGAUCCAAUGAUUCGAUCUUUUAGAUGAUGCCAACACCCCGAAAACAAACUUAACUCUUACCUACGUGAUCUGCAUGGACAUUGAAAAUAUCUUCUUGCAAAAGUCAUAAAGCUGCGUAAAAUCUUGGAUAAUUACCAUAAUGUUGAGUUACGUUUAGAAAAGAAUAAUUUUUUUGAGGAAUAAAUUUCACAUGAAGCAAAAAACGUCACUCCCAGCCAUGUGUAUCGGUGUAUCAUUAAUAUAUAUCAAUGUAUAUUAAAUUCCUUUUUUCCUUAAACUAUUUGAGCCCUUACUGGUCAGUUCGUGGACUUCAUCUUAUUUUCCCUAAAAGCAGCAUUUGAUGCAGUUGGUCAUUCUCUGCUCCUUGGGACAACAGGAAAGUGAACCUUGCUAAAUGCCACUCAGAUUAGGCCACUCCCCUGUUGAAAACUCUCCCUUGAUAAACAGUAUGAAAUAUCCCAUACAAGAGAACAUUAUUCAGCCAUAAAAAGGAAUGAAGUGCGGAUACUGUUGCAUGUGACCUGGAUAACCUUUCAAAACAUGUGGAGUGAAAGAAGAUAACACAGUAAGACCACACAUUGUAUUCUUCCACAUAUCUGAAAUGCUCAGAGUAGGCAAGGCUAUGGACACAGAAAGUAGAUUGUUGGUUUGCAUAGGGUUGGGGAAAUGAGGAACCUGGGGAGUGACAGCUAAAGGUCAUGGGGUGACAAAAUUGUUCUAAAAUUAGUUUCUGGUGAUGGUUGCACAGUUCUGUGGAUAUACCAAAAGCCAUUGAAUUGUACAUUUUAAAUGGGUCAAUCAUUUGAUAUGUGAAUUUUCCUCAAGCUAUUAAAAAAAAA